AUGCCCAACGACACUCUCUAUCUCCUCAGCUUCUUCUCGACGAGCCAAUCUCGCUCAAUUUUCAGUAGGAGUUUUCACCCAUCGUGCGAUACCUGUGCCUCCGUUGAAAAACUUCUUUUCUGUGCCAACUUCUGCAAAAUGGCCCGCAUCCUGAUCACUGGCUCUACCGAUGGCUUCGGCCUUGAAGCUGCGCGUCAGCUGAUUGAACGCAAGCACACCGUUUACCUCCAUGCCCGAAGCCAAGAGCGCGCGGAGGAUGUUAAGGCGAAAUGCCCAGGCGCUGCCGGCGUGCUUAUUGCGGACCUAACAAGCGUGGCUGAGACACGCAAGCUGGCCGAGGAAGCAAACGCCAUUGGUGUUUUUGAUGCCAUCAUUCUCAACGCCGGUUUGCUCUAUGGUCCUUUCCGCAAGACACCAGAGCUCGGUGUGCCAGCUAUGCCCUUUGUCAACGUUGUUUCACCCUACAUCCUCGCUUGUCUCUUCAAACACCCCAAGCGUUUGAUCUUCAUUGGAUCUGUGCUCCACCACGAAGGCAACCCAGACUUGAAGGAUAUCUUCUGGCUCGAGCGUGGGGAGAAGGAAUUCCAGGAUUUCCCCGCAUACUGUGACUCCAAGCUCCAUGUUAUGCUUCUUGCCAAUGCGGUCGCAAGGCGUUUCAAGGACACUUCCGUCAUCUCUGUACACCCUGGAUACGUUGCUACCAAGCUUGGUGGCUCGGGUGGUACCGACAAGCUGGAGGAUGGUGUUGAGACCUACGUCAUGCUGGCUGAAGGCGAUUACGAUCAAAGCCUCACGGGUGUUUACUACGAGCCCAAGAAGAAGCUUGGUCAGCCUCGUGCAGAGACAACCAAUGAAGAUAUGCAGGAGGUUGUUGUCAAGGCUUGCGAGGAGCUCACUGGUCUUCAGCUAGGAGCUUAA